AUGGACAUGGACGUGGACGUGGACGUGGACGUGGACGUGGACAUGGUCGUGGACGUGGACGUGGACGUGGACGUGGACGUGGACGUGGACGUGGACGUGGACGUGGACAUGGUCGUGGACGUGGACGUGGACGUGGACGAGGACGUGGACAUGGACGUGGACGUGGACGUGGACGUGGACAUGGACGUGGACAUGGACGUGGACGUGGACGUGGACGUGGACGUGGACAUGGACGUGGACGUGGACGUGGACGUGGACAUGGUCGUGGACGUGGACGUGGACGUGGACGUGGAGGUGGACGUGGACCUGGACCUGGACAUGGACGUGGACAUGGACGUGGACGUGGACGUGGACGUGGACGUGGACGUGGACAUGGACAUGGACGUGGACAUGGACCUGGACCUGGACGUGGACAUGGAUGUGGACAUGGACGUGGACAUGGACGUGGACGUGGACGUGGACGUGGACAUGGACAUGGACAUGGACGUGGACGUGGACGUGGACGUGGACGUGGACGUGGACAUGGACGUGGACGUGGACCUGGACGUGGUCGUAGACGUGGACGUGGACAUGGACGUGGACAUGGACCUGGACCUGGACGUGGACAUGGACGUGGACAUGGACGUGGACAUAGACGUGGACGUGGACGUGGACGUGGACGUGAACAUGGACAUGGACAUGGACAUGGACGUGGAUGUGGACGUGGACGUGGACGUGGACAUGGUCGUGGACGUAGACGUGGACGUGGACGUCAACGUGGACGUGGACGUGGACGUGGACAUGGACGUGGACAUGGACCUGGACAUGGAUGUGGACAUGGACGUGGACAUGGACGUGGACGUGGACAUGGACGUGGACAUGGACGUGGACGUGGACAUGGACGUGGACAUGGACGUGGACGUGGACGUGGACGUGGACGUGGACGUGGACAUGGACAUGGACGUGGACGUGGACGUGGACGUGGACAUGGUCGUGGACGUGGACGUGGACGUCGACGUGGACGUGGACGUGGACGUGGACAUGGACGUGGACGUGGACGUGGACGUGGACAUGGACGUGGACAUGGUCGUGGACGUGGACGUGGACGUGGACGUGGACGUGGACGUGGACCUGGACAUGGACAUGGACGUGGACAUGGACCUGGACGUGGACGUGGACGUGGACGUGGACGUGGACGUGGACCUGGACAUAGACAUGGACGUGGACGUGGACGUGGACGUGGACAUGGACGUGGACGUGGACGUGGACGUGGACGUAGACGUGGACAUGGACGUGGACGUGGACGUGGACGUGGACAUGGACGUGGACGUGGACGUGGACGUGGACAUGGACGUGGACAUGGUCGUGGACGUGGACGUGGACGUGGACGUGGACGUCGACGUCGACGUGGACGUGGACGUGGACAUGGACGUGGACAUGGACAUGGACGUGGACGUGGACGUGGACGUGGACAUGGACAUGGACGUCGACGUGGACGUGGACGUGGACAUGGACGUGGACAUGGACGUGGACGUGGACGUGGACGUGGACGUGGACAUGGACAUGGACUUGGACGUGGACGUGGACGUUGAGUUGGACGUGGACGUGGACGUGGACAUGGACAUGGUCGUGGACGUGGACGUGGACGUGGACGUGGACGUGGACGUGGACGUCGACGUGGACGUGGACGUGGACGUGGACAUGGACGUGGACAUCGACCUGGACAUGGACGUGGACAUGGAUGUGGUCAUGGACGUGGACGUGGACAUGGACGUGGACAUGGACGUGGACGUGGACAUGGACGUGGACAUGGACGUGGACAUGGACGUGGACGUGGACGUGGACGUGGACGUGGACGUGGACGUGGACAUGGACGUGGACGUGGACGUGGACGUGGACAUGGACGUGGACGUGGACAUGGACGUGGACAUGGACGUGGACAUGGAUGUGGACGUGGACGUGGACAUGGACGUGGACGUGGACGUGGACGUGGACGUGGACGUGGACAUGGACGUGGACAUGGACGUGGACAUGGACGUGGACGUGGACAUGGACGUGGACGUGGACAUGGACGUGGACGUGGACGUGGACGUGGACGUGGACGUCGACGUGGACGUGGACAUGGACGUGGACAUGGACGUGGACGUGGACGUGGACGUGGACGUGGACGUGGACGUGGACAUGGACGUGGACGUGGACGUGGACAUGGACGUGGACAUGGACGUGGACAUGGACGUGGACAUGGACGUGGACAUGGACGUGGACAUGGACGUGGACGUGGACGUGGACAUGGACGUGGACGUGGACGUGGACGUGGACGUGGACAUGGACGUGGACGUGGACGUGGACGUAGACAUGGACGUGGACGUGGAGGUGGACGUGGACGUGGACGUGGACAUGGACGUGGACGUGGACGUGGACGUGGAUGUCGAUGUGGUCGUGGGCGUGGUCGUGGACGUGGACGUGGUCGUGGACGUGGACGUGGUGCUGGACGUGGACGUGGUCGUGGACGUGGACGUGGAUGUGGACCUGGACGUGGACAUGGUCGUGGAUGUGGACCUGGACGUGGACGUGGACUUGGACGUGGUCGUGGACCUGGACGUGGACGUGGACGUGGACGUGGUCGUGGGCGUGGUCGUGGACGUGGACGUGGACGUGGUCGUGGGCGUGGACGUGGAUGUGGACGUGGACGUGGACCUGGACGUGGACGUGGACUUGGACGUGGACGUGGACGUGGUCGUGGACGUGGACAUGGACGUGGACAUAGUCAUGGACGUGGACGUGGACGUGGACGUGGACCUGGACAUGGACGUGGACGUGGACGUGGUCGUGGACGUGGACGUGGACGUGGUCGUGGACGUGGACGUGGACGUGGUCGUGAACGUGGACAUGGACGUGGACUUGGAGGUGGACGUGGACGUAGACAUGGACGUGGACGUGGACAUGGACGUGGAUGUGGUCGUGGACCUGGACGUGGACGUGGACGAGGACGUGGACGCGGACGUGGAAGUGGACGUGGAAAGGUC